AUGUAUGGGGCCAAUGCAUCCAAUACUGGGGAGCGUACAAAUUCCAACGUAUGGAGAGAUACGACUGAGGAAGAAAUCUAUGGCAGUUAUCUCGGUCCUAUGGCGAAUGAUACCGGUAGUGAAAUCCCAAUCAUGCGUCCAACAAUGACAGCACGUCCUAGUGGCUCGACGCAUCAUGAUAUUGCUGUCGGACAAUUAGACGACAUAGGGGAAACUACUGCUGGUGGGCCAGUUAAGACGUAUUCAGGUCGUAAAGUGGUUUGGCCGGGGGCCGUCUUUUUACUAUUUGUAACAGCUGCAGCACUCUCUUUGAUUGCGUAUUUUGGGGUCCAGCAGUACACGGCCGCACAAUUGCAACAAUCUUUGACCGAGUCUGUCACGGAAGUCGAUCGAAACAGAAGAAGCAAAAGUAUCAAGAGCUGUUUGUUGCCCGAUUACAUUACAUUGGAUGGAAAAAUUUACGCCAAAAACAGUAACACGGGCGAGAAAGAACCAAUUGUGUUUACAGGCAUCAAUUGGAGCGGAAUGGAAAAUGUUGAAGGUGUGCCACAUGGUCUUGCUACCAAGCAGAGCUAUCUGGAUGAUAUUGCUGCCAAUUUGUCAGACAGUGGCUUCAAUGCUGUCCGUCUACCGCUCAAUGCACAGAUGAUUAUCAAAAACUCGGCACCUAAUACAAAGCUCUUUGUCAACAGUCUGGAUACGGACUUGAAUGUUGAAACGUACAUUGACAUGAUCAAAAAGAUCGUACAGGGUCUGGGGAAACAGCAGAUUGGUGUGCUGCUGGAUAUCCACAAGAUCGACCCCAAGUUCACAGCUGACACGUCCGAGCACUUGUGGUUUACCAAAGAAUACCCGAUUGCAACCAUUUACAAAAUGUUCGAGACCUUGGCCAUGGAACUUUGUAGUGAUCUCGAGUACAAUAUCAUUGGUAUUGAUCUCAAAAAUGAGCCUGUGGGCGGCUGUUGGCCUGAGGAUGACACUGAAGCGUAUUGUGACCCCGACAUUAACUGGCCUCGUGCUGUCGAGACCAUUGGCAACAAGAUUCUAGCCAUCUGCCCCAACUGGCUUAUCGUGGCGGAAGGCACCUACGCGGUCAACACCGUGGCGGAGAUCAACGGCAAAAAUGUGACGUACAACGAUUGGUACGGCGCUAGUCUGCAGAACGCCAGUGUGAACCCCAUUGUCCUCGACACGAAAGGCAAACUCGUGUAUGCACCCCACUUUUACUCGCCGAGUGUGUACCCGGCGGGGUACUACUUCCAGAAGCAGUCGUCGAGCGGCGACACGGUAUCGGUGACAGAAUACUCGAACACGACCGAGGGCAACAAGCUGCUGAAGGCUGCCCUAACUUCUGUGCUGGACAAUGCCUUCGGCAAUGCCGUGACGAAGGCUGGUGUGCCAACGUUCUACGGUGAAUUUGGGGGUAUUUACGGCGCGGCAGAGCUACUAGCGGGUAUGACAAGUACUCGUACUAUCGAGAUGCUUAUCGAGUAUGCAAACAAAAUGAACAUGACUGGUGGCUUUGCGUGGGCUGCUAAUCCCGAUGGGUCAUUCGACUUUAACGACGUGUACAAGCCCGACGAUCCGUGGCAGUACGGUUUGUACACGGACUCGACGUGGAAGAAGUUUCACACUGACUUUGCCACUGGUCUAAAGAACCUGAGGGGCAGCGGUUCCUUCCCUUGCUUCUCAAAGACCACGAUUGUGACAACCUCAGGGUCUGAUAGUAAAGCCGCAACGACUACGUUGGACUCGGCUGGCGGCAACCCGACUGGCACUGGGACGUCUAAAACUACUGUUCCGACGGCAGCAACGACGACGACGUUAGCGCCUCCGGGUGCCGCGCCAACGACGGCGAUCGCACCUCCAGCUACCGUGCCAACGACGGCGACCACACCUCCAGUUGCCGCGCCAGCGACGGCAAUAACACCUGCAACGGCAACGACGGCACUUUAG